CGGCCUCUGCUCAUCACCGGCCCACCCGGACCCCAGCCCUCGCUCGAUGGUGACACUGGGGCGGUAACAUGAAGGUGGCCCGCGCUCUGCUCCCCCUGCUGCUGCAGGCUUGCUGGGCGGCCGCUCAGGACGUCCCGGGCAGCGCCAGGGCCGUGGCCUUCCAGGACUGCCCUGUGGACCUCUUCUUUGUGCUGGACACCUCUGAGAGCGUGGCCUUGAGGCUGAAGCCCUACGGAGCCCUGGUGGACAAGGUCAAGGCCUUCACCAAGAGCUUCAUCGACAACCUGAGAGACAGGUACUACCGGUGUGACCGCAACCUGGUGUGGAACGCGGGUGCCCUGCACUACAGCGACGAGGUGGAGAUCAUCAGCCCACUCAGGCCCAUGCCAAGCGAUCGCGACGCACUCAAGGCCAGAGUGGAUGCCGUCAAGUACUUCGGCAAGGGCACCUACACGGACUGCGCCAUCAAGAAGGGGCUGGAGGAGCUCCUUGUGGGGGGCUCCCACCUGAAGGAGAACAAGUACCUGAUUGUGGUGACCGACGGGCACCCCCUGGAGGGCUACAAGGAGCCGUGUGGGGGCCUGGAGGACGCCGUGAACGAGGCCAAGCACCUGGGCAUCAAGGUCUUCUCGGUGGCCAUCACGCCCGACCACCUGGAGCCACGUCUGAGCAUCAUCGCCACGGACCACAUGUACCGACGAAACUUCACGGCGGCCGACUGGGGGCAGAACCGCGACGCCGAAGAGAUCAUCACCCAGACCAUCGACACCAUCACCGACAUGAUCAAAAACAAUGUGGAACAAGUGUGCUGCUCCUUCGAAUGCCAGCCCGCCAGAGGACCUCCCGGGCCACGGGGAGACGCCGGGUACGAGGGAGAACGUGGGAAGCCAGGUCUCCCAGGAGAGAAAGGAGAAGCCGGAGACCCCGGAAGGCCCGGGGACCUCGGACCCAUCGGCUACCAGGGGAUGAAGGGAGAAAAAGGGAGCCGAGGGGAGAAGGGCUCCAGGGGAGCCAAGGGCUACAAGGGCGAGAAGGGCAAGCGUGGCAUUGACGGUGUGGACGGCAUGAAGGGGGAGAUGGGGUACCCCGGCCUGCCAGGCUGCAAGGGCUCUCCUGGAUUCGACGGCACUCAAGGACCCCCGGGACCCAAAGGCGACGCAGGUGCCUUCGGACGGAAAGGAGAGAAGGGUGCCCCUGGAGCUGACGGGGAGCCCGGGAGGCCAGGGAACACAGGCCCCCCCGGAGACGAGGGCGAGCCGGGCUUGCCUGGUCCCCCAGGAGAGAAGGGAGAAGCCGGUGACGAGGGAAACCCGGGACCGGAUGGUGCCCCCGGCGAGAGGGGCGGCCCUGGGGAAAGAGGACCACGGGGGACCCCAGGUGUGCGGGGCCCACGGGGGGACCCGGGCGAAGCUGGACCCCAAGGUGACCAGGGACGAGAAGGCCCCGUCGGUGUCCCCGGAGACCCGGGCGAGGCUGGCCCCGCUGGACCUAAAGGUUACCGAGGUGACGAGGGGCCCCCAGGGCCUGAGGGUUCCAGAGGAGCUCCAGGGCCCGCAGGACCCCCUGGAGACCCCGGGCUGAUGGGUGAAAGGGGGGAAGACGGCCCACCCGGAAACGGCACCGAGGGCUUUCCUGGCUUCCCUGGCUACCCAGGCAGCAGGGGCCCCCCGGGGAUAAAUGGCACUAAAGGCUACCCAGGCCUCAAGGGGGAUGAGGGAGAAGCCGGAGACCCUGGAGAGGACAACAAGGACAUCUCACCCUCAGGCAUCAAAGGAGCAAAGGGCUACCGGGGCCCUGAAGGCCCCCCGGGACCCCCAGGCCACACAGGACCGCCAGGGCCAGAUGAAUGUGAGAUCUUGGACAUCAUCAUGAAAAUGUGCUCUUGCUGUGAGUGCAAGUGUGGACCCAUCGACAUCCUCUUUGUGCUGGACAGCUCGGAGAGCAUUGGCCUGCAGAACUUCGAGAUCGCCAAGGACUUCGUCAUCAGGGUCCUGGACCGGCUGAGCAGAGACGAGCUGGUCAAGUUUGAGCCUGGGCAGUCCCACGCGGGUGUGGUCCAGUACAGCCACAACCAGAUGCAGGAGCACGUGGACCUGAGGGACCCCAGCAUCAGGACCGUCCAGGAGCUCAAGGAAGCCAUCAAGAAGCUGCGGUGGAUGGCGGGCGGCACGUUCACAGGAGAGGCUCUGCAGUACACCCGGAACCAGCUGCUGCCGCCCACCCAGAACAACAGGAUUGCGCUCGUCAUAACGGACGGCCGCUCGGACACCCAAAGGGACACCACCCCGCUCAGCGUGCUCUGUGGUCCAGACAUCCAGGUGGUCUCUGUGGGCAUCAAGGACAUGUUUGGCUAUGUCGCCGGCUCCGACCAGCUCAACGUCAUCUCCUGCCAAGGCCUGGCACCUCAGGACCGGCCAGGCAUCUCGCUGGUCAAGGAGAACUAUGCAGAGCUGCUGGAGGACAAUUUCCUGAAGAACGUCACCACCCAGAUCUGCAUAGACAAGAAAUGUCCAGAUUACACCUGCCCAAUCACAUUCUCCUCCCCGGCCGACAUCACCAUCCUGCUGGACGGCUCGGCCAGCGUGGGCAGCCACAACUUCGACACCACCAAGCGCUUUGCCAAGCGGCUGGCCGAGCGCUUCCUGACGGCGGGCAGGACGAACCCAUCCCACGAGGUGCGCGUGGCGGUGGUGCAGUACAGUGGUCCCGGGCAACAGCGGCCGGGGCGUGGGUCCCUGCAGUUCCUGCAGAACUACACCGUGCUGGCCAGCACCGUGGACAGCAUGGACUUCUUCAACGACGCCACCGACGUCAACGAUGCCCUUAGCUACGUGACGCGCUUCUACCGUGAGGCCUCGCCCCGUGAAGCCAAGAAGAAGCUGCUGCUCUUCUCCGACGGCAACUCGCAGGGGGCCACGGCGGCAGCCAUCGAGAAGGCAGUGCAGGAGGCCCAGCGGGCGGACAUUGAGAUCUUCGUGGUGGUGGUGGGCCGCCAGGUGAACGAGCCCCACAUCCAAGUCCUGGUCACGGGCAAGACGGCCGAGUACGACGUGGCCUUUGGCGAGCGCCACCUGUUCCGUGUGCCUAGCUACCAGGCCCUGAUGCACGGCGUCUUCUACCAGACCGUGUCCAGAAAGGUGGCGCUGGGCUAGCGCUGGGUGGCCCCUCUCCCACUGCUAAAACGGGGAGUAAAAUGUGACGUGAAUGUUCCUGACCAACCUGACGAGCUACAUUUUUGUAAAGGAAAGGCUUGAAAAGCCUCAUGUGUUUUACCUACCCCUCUGGCCCCGUGACUCCGCCAGCCAGCCCGUCCCCUCCCCUCCGUGCUAUCAUCCCCCAAACUCCUGCAGGCUCUGAAUCCCCAAAACCUCCCUGCCUUUCCUGGGGGGUCGCCUGAGCACUGACCCCCCGCCCCGC